UAUAGCUCGGCGUGUUUGGAAAAACUAUCUACCAGCAAUCAAUGGAAUUGUGUUUCUUGUGGAUUGUGUAGACCAUUCACGCCUUAUGGAGUCCAAAGUGGAGCUUAAUGCGCUCAUGACAGAUGAAACGAUAUCUAAUGUGCCAAUCCUCAUCCUUGGGAAUAAAAUUGAUAGACCUGAAGCGAUCAGUGAGGAGAAGCUGAGAGAAAUAUUUGGACUUUAUGGACAAACCACAGGAAAAGGAAAUGUGCCACUGAAGGAUCUUAAUGCUCGCCCCAUGGAAGUGUUCAUGUGCAGUGUGCUCAAGAGGCAAGGCUAUGGCGAGGGCUUCCGUUGGCUCUCACAAUACAUUGACUGAAACUUUUUUCCUUCUUCAACUCCUCCCUUUGGAUUGACAAGACAUCAAAAAAUAAAAACA